CUGCGAUUCGACAAGUUUCCACGACAUCACGAGAGAACAGAACGUGUAACACGGCCACGGCAAGAAUUUUGACGCGUCGAGGGCAGAAAACCAGCGUGUCAGCGGAGGAGGCCCAUCUUUCACAGCGGAUUGCUCAGCGCUUCCUUUGAACACACAGCAAGACCACAUCAAAAGCGGUCAACAUGGGAUACAUACGACAAGAGGCGCUGCCGCGUCUCAAAGAGUACAAGUACUCGGGUGUCGACCACAGCCUCGUUUCACGAUAUGUUCUCAAGCCGUACUGGUGGAGCAAAGUCAUCGAGCUGUUCCCGCUCUCCAUGGCACCAAAUGCCAUAACGUUGACCGGUUUCGGCUUCGUCGUGAUCAACGUCCUUACUAUGCUCUACUACUCGCCAACUCUGGAUCAGGAAUGUCCGCCUUGGGUCUACGCGUCUUGGGCUAUUGGUCUCUUCCUGUACCAGACCUUUGACGCGAUUGAUGGUACUCAAGCGCGCCGGACGCGUCAAAGUGGUCCACUGGGCGAACUCUUCGACCAUGGAGUCGAUGCUGUCAAUACUAGUCUGGAGGUGCUGCUCUUCUCCGCUGCGAUGCAAUUUGGCCAAGGUUGGAAAACGGUACUGGUCUUGUUCUCCAGUCUAUUGACGUUCUACAUCCAAACCUGGGACGAAUAUCACACCAAAACACUGACGCUAGGAUUCAUCUCUGGCCCGGUGGAAGGUAUUCUCACUUUAUGUGUCGUUUACGGCAUAACCGCAUAUACCGGUGGCAGCUACUGGCGGAAGCCGAUGCUCUACGCUCUGGGCAUUCCCGAAUUUGACCUCCUACCGCGCACACUCUACGAGAUGGAUUUCGGAGAUUUCUACAUAGUCCUUGGCGGCAUCGUGCUCGUGCCAUCUGUCGUCGGUAGCGCCCUGAACGUGAUGGAGGCGAGGCGGAAGCGCGGCGAGAAGACGCGUAUAGCGCUCCUUGGCCUGUUGCCAUUCUUUGGUACAUGGGCCCUGAUCGCGGUCUACCUGGCACUGCAGCCCAUCAUUCUGCGCGAACAUUUGGUGCCAUUCGUGCUCUACGCCGGGAUGGUGAAUGCUUACAGUGUCGGAAGAAUGAUCACUGCGCAUCUCACCAAAUCGCCAUUCCCAUACCGCAACAUCCUGGCACUUCCGUUGGCAUACGGCGUGAUUGACUCGAUUGGGCCGGUACUCCUGCAGAAGUUCGGGAUCGGCUGGUACAGCUCACUCGGCGAUGGUGUCUAUCAGGUCGCCUUCCUCUUCACGUGCGUUGGACUGGCAUUUGGCGUUUACGGUAGCUUCGUCGUCGAUGUGAUCGUUGACAUCUGCGAUUACUUGGACAUCUGGUGUCUUACGAUCAAGCACCCGUACACAGCCGAGACCGAGCAAACGGCGGAAAAGCACAUCAACGAGAAGAAGGCGGCUUAGAUAUACUUUGGCUGCAGCACUUCUGGUCACACGACCACCUGCCUGCUUCGGACAACUUUUCCGGCGAACACUUUGGAUCCACCAUCGGCAAACUGGGGUCAUGCAUUAGAGCGUUGAUGGUUGGAGCUCGCGCAGGAAGCAGACGAUAUAUAUAAUCCUCUUCGUGCAAGCCUCCGCGUAAUCUCGAUGCCUCUUUCGAUUCAUCUACGAUAUUGGGCGCCUUGAUUUCUGGUUCUCUAGGAUUGCAACGACUCGAACAUGUCCAGCACCCGGACACAUGAUAACAAUUUGAACAACGACAACAUGGCAAGUUCCUCCUCCGUCAUUCUACUCGUGCUGAGCUGGCUUGGCUCGACCCUCGACUCUGGCCGCACAAGGCCACUGCUCGGCGAAGGACGGAACUAAUGACGUGCCCAGUCUGACACUCUGUCACUGAUCUUUGCGUCGAUGAGAGAUAUCCUGUUCUCACAGCGAGCUCCGGAAACGAGAUUGAAGGUCCCGCUUGGAGUUCCAGCCGGCUACGACAGUAGCACAAGUUGCACCAAGGACGACACGGCCUCUGGCAAUGCGGGUGCACGCUCUGCUGCAGAAGGACAACAUGACGACGAUCAGUCAAAGUGAGACCGACAUGCGACUGGAAAUCUACAUUCGAUGCGAAGGCAAUUUAUAGCACACAGCACCAGGAAAAUCGAGUUUACGUGGAAGAGUGUUGGGUCCUCGAGGAUGCUGCUGUGGAACAGAACGCUCUAGCUUCACGCUGAAGUGCCAGCAGUGGUCGGACAUGGGCUGCGGCAUUGCAAGCAGCAACAUCGUACAGACAUAUAUGUAGAGCAAUGGAUGAUGUUUGCUGCCUGUUGGAGGCUAUUGGAGGUA